CACGGAGUCGUGGCCCCGCACUGUUAACGGAAUCACGAAGCAGAGGAGGGCGUUCGAAGCGACGUAGGGAUUCGAGUACGAGGUGGCAUCUUCGCGAUCUAGGGUUUCUUCGAGACGACGACCGACUACGCGAAUUUGGGGGAGGAGAAGGGGAGGGAGGGAGCUCCGAAUUGGGAAUCUAAUCAUGGCGAUCUUGCUUCUCCGACGCUGAGAUUACGCGGCCAUGGAGGAAGGUUACACUUACACCGCUCUCCCCACCAGCCACUUGCUCGGCUCCGUCCCCGCUGUCAUUGAUGGUGAUAUAAAGGGGGGGAGCUCUAGCGAAGCCUUCCAUGCAGCCUCACCAGCAAAUUUACAAGUCUUUCCACCAACUAAUGGAGCUUACCAAGCACCAGGAAGUCCAGCUGAUGGAAAUGCCCAAACUGCUACUGAUUGGAAAGGGUUCUUUAGCAUUUCAUCAUACAGCCCCUAUUUCAAUGUUGAUACUGAUGUUGUGGUGGAUAGACUUGUUAGUUCAGUGUAUCCCAUGGAUAAUUUUUACAGGAAGAUAGAUGGUAAUCCAGAUCUGUAUGGUCCGGUGUGGAUUUCUACCACAUUGGUAUUCAUGCUAGCUGCCCUUGGAAACUUUGCUACUUACACGAUACAAAAGAGAAGUGAUCCAAGCAUGUCAUGGAACUUUGAUGUUGGUUUCGUAAAUUGGGCAGCAUUGGUGAUAUAUGGAUAUGUGAUUGUAGUACCUGCUGCACUUUUCUUCUUGCUUCAGUAUUUCGGGAUCAACUCAAGUCUCAUACGUCUUUGGUGUAUUUGGGGGUAUUCACUGUUCAUCUUCAUACCUGCUUCUUUGUUGUUGGUUGUUCCUGUCGAGAUAUUCCGGUGGCUAAUCACAAUUCUAGCCGGAUGCGCUUCUUCAUGGUUCAUAUUUCUGAACUUGAAGGUCCACACUGAAGGGAGUAGUAUGACGCCUUUGUAUGUUAGUGCUAUGGUGCUGCAAUUCGCUUUAGCGCUCUUCAUCAAAAUCUUCUUUUUUGCAUGAGGUUGUGUGGACAACAUCCGGGAUCCAGCUUCUGACCUUUGCAUUGCAUAGGUAAGCUGCAAAAAUGGAUUUGGAGUUGAUGCUUGUCUACAUCAGUUUUCAUGUCAUACUAUUUCUCAGAAAUCUGUGAUGUUUCAACUUUUACCUAACAGAGAAACUACAAGAGGUGUUAAGGGGAACUUGUAUAUUGCUACAUGGUAACCUGGAGAUGUUAUGUCUUUUGACUUGCUUUUGUUCUUCGCAGUUUUCUCUGCUGAACGCUUUUGAACCCUACAGCAUAUGUGUACAUUAAGCCUUUUUGUCUGAAUAUGGUGAUGGUGAAAGAGUUCCUCUAAAUAACUAUUUAGGUUAUUACCUUUUUUACAUAAAAAGAACCUUUUGACCGUAAUUUUGGUGA